AUGUCGGAAACUGCUUCAAUGUACAUCAGUGAAAUUCCUGUUCGUAUCGAUGAUCGUAUGAAAUGGUUGUCAAAUUUAAAUCAUUCAACAAGUGCAAGAGAUGUUAUACAUGCGUUACUAUCCAAUUUAAAACCAUUCGAUGAUAGAAAUGGUGAUAUUGAUGAAUCAACAUUAAAUGAUUACACCCUCUAUGUUCAUACGGAUCGAGGCAUUCAUCCAAUAUUACCAAAUUCAAAAAUUUAUAAAGUGGUAGCAUCUAUACAAAAACGUCAAUGUGGACGACGUUUACUAUUUGAAAUAAAACAUCGUUAUGUUCCUACUACUUGUCUGCCUUCUAAUCCAAAAUAUGCCAUACGUCGAACACUUCGACAAAGUCCAAAAAAGCAAAAAUCCGAAAAAUUGCCAACAAAAAAACGUGUCCGAUUUUCAGAUGAAAUUCAAAUACAAGAUAUUAGAGGAAGACAUUUACAACAUUGUAAUGAAUCAUCACCAUUACAUUUUCUCGAAACUUUAUUUAUACCCGACAAUAAACAUGCAUCAAAAAAUGUAAUAGUGACUAAUAACAAUGAUGAAGCAGUGUCCAUUGAAGCGAAAUAUGAAAAAUUAAAACAAAAUUUUGAACGUCGAGUCUUAGAACAACAAGAAAAUUAUCGAAAACCCAGAACUGAAAAAAAAAUAGGUUGUCAAAAUGAAAGACGAUAUGGAAAAUAUUCCAAAAAGGUUAAUGGAGAACUUAUUAAAGUUAUUUAUGAUUGGUUUGAACGAGACAAAGAUUUCGAUGGAACACCAUUAACAGGAAAACAUAAAGGUCAUCAAUAUAAACUUGGAAUGACUAAAGAACAAUUCGAUCAAAUGAAACAGAUUGUAACACCAACGGAUAUGAACGGAGAAAAACUUACGUUCGAUCAAUUUUGUGAUAUUUUGAUUCCGGUUAUUACUGGUGAUCACAAUGACUAUUCAAUUUAUUUGGCUUUUCGUGCAUUCGAUAAAAAUGGUGAUCAAUA